UUCUUCUUCCUCCUCCUCCAAGCCGAAACGCUUUGAUCCGACUGCUGCUUGUUUACGUUGUCCGAAACCCUAAUUCUCACCGACCUAUUCCCAACGAAAAGUCGAAAGCUUGUCGAGCAUGAACAAGGACGCUGCCUAAAGGCUCGAGUCCCAUGAGAAAAAAUGCUGGUUAAAGCAACCCUAUACCUCCUCCUCCUCCUACUCCAUCGGCGCACUUUAGCCUCUUCCAGUCUCCCUCCGUUCCGAUCGCCAUGUCGAGAUUUUUGACGUUUAGGAGUUUUAGGAAAGUUGCGAAUACGGUGGUUAAUAGCCCGAAACAGAGUUGUCCUGAAGCGGUCAAGUAUGGGACAAUUGUUAGAGUUAGCCUCCGUCUUCCCCAAUACAGAUUAUACAGGGACUAUACGUUUCCUACAAGAGGACAUGCCUCAUUUUCAUUGUAUAAUAACACGAAGAAUUUUUCCACGAGUUUUGGUGUCAUUCCCGCAAGGAGUGCAGUGAGACACCAUGCCCAAGUUGCUUGGAAAAGGCUCUCUGAAAGUUUUUCCUCAAGUGGUCGUGGAUUCUCGCGUAUAAAUAAAUUUGCACAAGCUUUCAGCUUGGCUGUAACCCGCUCUAACCUGUUGCUUCCUGGUAUUUUUGCCUUCACAAGUGGGAAGUUAGCAUGGUCACAGAGGUCUUUGGCAGAAACAGAAUACCACCCACCAUCAAAUACUUUGUAUAUGCACGCACAGGAUGGACAUGCUUUUAUGACCUCAUUAGCGUUUGCAGUUUUAGAAGGGACAAUCUUGGUAUUAAGAACAGUCACCUUAGGAAUCUUGUUCACACCCAGCAUAGUGAUGGCUGUAUUUGCUGACUGCUUUGGACCUGAGUUUAGGAAGUUGUGGCUUCAUGUUGUUCUCCGAACAUUGGAAUUGGCAGGUCCAGCUUUCAUCAAAUGGGGUCAAUGGGCAGCUACACGGCCUGAUCUCUUCCCGAGAGAUCUAUGCACCAAGCUCUCUGAGCUUCACACCAAAGCUCCUGAACAUAGCUUUGCCUACACAAAGAAAACUAUCGAACGAGCGUUUGGCCGCAAGCUGCCUGAGAUUUUUGACAAUUUUGAAGAGAAACCAGUAGCAUCUGGAAGUAUUGCUCAAGUGCAUCGAGCUACUUUAAGAUUUAGGUACCCUGGUCAACGGGUGAAGCCCAUGGUAGUUGCAGUAAAGGUUAGACACCCUGGUGUUGGUGAAUCAAUUAGGAGAGAUUUUGUUAUAAUCAAUCUGGUCGCAAAAAUUUCAAAGUUCAUUCCUGCCUUAAAGUGGUGGAGAUUGGAUGAAAGUGUGCAGCAGUUUGCAGUUUUUAUGAUGUCUCAAGUUGACCUUGCAAGGGAAGCUGCCCAUUUGAGCCGCUUUAUUUAUAAUUUCCGUAGAUGGAAGGAUGUCUCUUUCCCGAAGCCUUUGUAUCCACUUGUGCAUCCUGCUGUUCUGGUGGAAACUUAUGAACAAGGGGAAUGUGUGUCACACUAUGUUGAUGGUCUUGAAGGGCAUGAACGGAUUAAAUCUGCACUUGCUCACAUCGGGACACAUGCACUUUUGAAGAUGCUCCUGGUGGACAACUUUAUUCAUGCAGACAUGCAUCCUGGAAAUAUCCUUGUCCGGGUGCCUAAGAACAAGUCUUCUAGGAAUAGACUCUUCAAAUCAAAUCCUCAUGUCAUUUUCCUUGAUGUAGGCAUGACUGCUGAACUCUCUAAACAUGAUAGAGUAAAUUUAGUGGAAUUUUUCAAGGCGGUUGCUCGUCGUGAUGGGCGCACUGCUGCUGAGUCCACCCUCAGACUAUCUAAGCAACAGAAAUGCCCUAACCCAAAGGCUUUCAUUGAGGAAGUGGAGGAGUCAUUCGAUUUCUGGGGAACUCCAGAAGGUGAUCUGGUCCAUCCUGCUGAGUGUAUGCAGCAGUUACUGGAGAAAGUUAGGCGUCAUAGAGUCAAUGUUGAUGGCAAUGUCUGUACUGUCAUGGUAACAACUUUGGUUCUCGAGGGAUGGCAGCGGAAACUCGAUCCUGCAUACAAUGUGAUGGACACAUUGCAAACGCUACUUCUCAAAGCUGACUGGGCAAAGUCACUUUCGUACACAAUUGAGGGACUAAUGGCUCCAUAAGAAGGUCUUUGUCAGUGGUACAAUGACAAAACAAUUUUGACAGUUCUAAAACCCGAAAUACACCCGUCCCAAGCGAUUCGACGCGACUGCCUUGAUCUUUAAUUUCAUUCAAAUUUUUGUUGUUGAUAAAUUGCAGUAGAAUUUUGAAGGUUGAAUCCUUCGUGUGUAGUUUGUUAUCGCAGAAAAGCGUUUCCACUUUUUGCAGCCUGAGAAACACCAAGCAAAAACAGUAGAGGGAAAAGAAAAGAAAUAAAGUGAAGAACCAUUCUUUCAAUCUUA